CUAUUAUACAUAACUCAAAUAUCAUCUCAUCCAACUUUAAUCAUGCUUUAAAUGUCCACAUAUUAUAUUUAUACCUUUUUAAUGUUGACUUUUCUUUAUUAUAUCUUACUGAAAAAAUACCACUCAGGAUAAUGUCGAGGGCCGAGGUCCAAAUAUUAGUUACUAUUUUGAAAGGGAGAUCCCAAGAUAAUCAUAUAGAGUUAGCCUUGUAAAAGACCACCUACUUUUAAAUUAAAAUUAGGCAGCUAUAAGAGCAAUAUUAAAAAAGAAUUAGCCCGAUAAUGAUUGGUUAAUUUCUUUCGACCAUCACUUUUAAUAAUAUUUGAAUUAUCUUCCCUUCAUAUAUCAUAACUUUCCCCCAUAAUGGUAAAAAAAAAAACCCUUAUAAUAAAAUAAAAUCCUUAAACAAGAUUUACAAAAAUAUAGGAUAGCAAAAUCAUGCAUACCCGCCAACUCUUAAAUUUCAUUAGCACAAUUUAUAAUCCCCACAAUUUCUUCGCUCUUUGAUUCCCUCUACUCCUCUCUCUCUCUAGAAUCCUCCAAUUCUCUCUCUUCUUUCAUACAUUCCCCAAAAAAAUCUUUAUCUUCAUCCUUUUUUUUUUCCUUUAAAUUUCAUCCUUCAAUUUUUCUAUUCAUCUUAAUAUAUUUUUUCUCUUGGGAUAAAUAUUUUUUUGAUAUAAGCAGAAAAAGAAGAAUUUGAUCAACAAUGGCGGAUGGUGCAUUAAAAAAACCACCAGGAUUCAGAGACUCAAACGGUCCACCACAAUAUAGACCACCACCUCAAACCGCCGGUCCAAGAAAACCGCCGGUUCCAUCAUAUUACCAACCCAAACAAAAACGACGUAGUUGUUGCUGUCGUUGUUGCUGUUGUUUCAUAUGCAUUCUUUUUAUUCUCUUCCUUUUAUUUAUCGCAUUCUUCGGGAUUUUCUACGCUUGGUAUCAACCAAAACUUCCAAUUUUCAAGUUCAGACCGGUCGAACUAAACCGGUUUAAUAUCACCGCUAAACCGGAUGGAACCGCGUUAUUAGACUCCAAAAUUAUAAUCCGGGUUGAGGUAAAAAACCCAAACAGUAAAAUUAAGAUUUACUAUGAUGUUACUGAGGUAACUUUGAUGGCUGAUGAAGAGAUUGAGUUGGGAUCAGCGAGUUUGCCUGCGUUUAAACAGCCUGCGAAUAAUGUAACGUUGUUAAAAUUUACCGCGGAGACGGGUAAAAAAGUGGUGGAUUCGACGACAGGGUUAAAGUUAAAAGAUAGGGUAAAAAACGAGCAAGUUGUGGUGAAUGCUGCGGUAAAAACUAAGGUUGGUGUUGGGGUGUUUAAUACGAAAUUUGGUAUGCUUCCGGUAAAUGUAAAUUGUGGAGGUAUUACUUUGAAGCAAAUUAAUGAUGGGAAAACUUCUCCUAAGUGCUCGUUUAAUACUUUGAGAUGGAUCAACGUAAAGUAACAAAAUUCAACAACACACCAUUGUAUAAUUUCAUAUCUUUCAUUUUUCUGGAUCAGUAUUUAGGAAGUUACUGCUUUGUAUUCAUCACUAGAGUUGUUAUAUUAUCUUUAUUUGAUAACAUGUUUUCAGCUAUCCCUUUAAUUUAUUAUAUAGGAUCAAUUAGUUUU